CACUUAAUCACAUUUCAAGAUUUAUUUCAUCAAUGUUCAAAUAUUUGGUUCUAAAAAAUGGCUAUGUUGCCAUACUCUGACGCUAAUCGUGAUUUUUCUUCUUAUGGAUUUGUCGAGUUACAUCAAUCACCACAAUAUCAACAACAAUGGGAGAGACAUGUUCAAGCUUUAAACACAUUAAAUUCUCCUAUCCUUGUUACUCUAUUGAAGAAACAAGAGCGCGAGACAAACCAGUUUCUCAGAAUUCAGAAUGAUCAAACACAAUUCAUGUUACAAUAUCAAAGGGAGCUACAGGAGGGUGCAGUUAGACACAUGGAAAUUUAUUCACAACAAAUUCUGAAGGAAAAGGAUGAAGAAAUCGCCAAAGGUACAAAGAAAAAACACGAGUUGGAAAGUAUAUUAAGGAGCCUCGAGAAUGAGAAAAUGAAAUUGAGGAGAAUGGCUGAGGAAAAUGGAGCAAUGGCGAUUGGUCUCAAUAACAAGUUGGAAGAGUUAAAGAAUAGAGUAAAGAUGUUGGUAGCAAAUAAUGAUGCUGAAUCAUGUUGUGGUGAAAAUGAAGAAGCAAAAGCUGAAAAACAUGUGAAACAAGAAAGUAGUAAUAUCAUGUGUUGUCCUAUGUGUAACACAAAUUCUCCUGGUGUCUUGUUUUUGCCAUGUAGGCAUAUAUCUUCAUGCAAAGCAUGUGAAGAUUCACUACAAGCUUGUCUCAUUUGUGGAAUAGCAAAGAAGGGUGCUAUUGAAAUUCAGAGUUUUGUUUCAGACGAAUAUUAGUCUUGAAACACCAUUAGAAUAUCUUUGUUAGAGAAUGCUUAGAUAGUAUAUCAUAAUAUCAUAAAUAAAUUUAGAAGUCUAUUCAGCCAGGCUGAAAACAUUAUUAUAAAAUUUCUAUUUAAUAAAAUUAAAUUUGUUA